AUGGAGUCUUGUGUUCCACCUGGAUUUCGAUUUCAUCCCACUGACGAAGAGCUCGUUGGAUACUAUCUGAGGAAGAAGGUUGCAUCACAGAAGAUCGAUCUCGACGUUAUCAGAGAUAUUGAUCUAUACAGAAUUGAACCAUGGGAUCUUCAAGACAAAUGCCGGAUCGGAUAUGAAGAGCAGAACGAGUGGUAUUUCUUCAGCCACAAAGAUAAGAAGUAUCCAACUGGGACAAGGACUAACCGAGCAACCAUGGCAGGGUUUUGGAAGGCUACAGGAAGAGACAAGGGAGUUUAUGACAAGACAAAACUUAUUGGUAUGAGAAAAACCCUCGUAUUCUACAAAGGAAGGGCUCCAAAUGGCCAGAAAACUGAUUGGAUUAUGCAUGAAUACAGACUUGAAUCAGAAGAAAAUGGUCCUCCACAGGAAGAAGGAUGGGUGGUAUGCCGAGCAUUCAAAAAACGAAUCACAGGACAAACGAAGAGCAUUGAAGGUUGGGACUCAACUUACUAUUAUGAAGAACCAAGUGUUGCAAUAUCAGUUGUGGAUCCUAUUGAUUAUAUGACAAGGAAGCCCUCAAACUAUCCAACCCAGAAUUUCAUGUACAAGCAAGAAAUAGAAGCAAAAAAUUUAAAUAUUGUACACACAUCAGCUGAUCAUCAUCAAUUCGUUCAACUUCCACAGCUAGAAAGUCCCCCCUUGACAAUGAUGAAAAAACCAAGUCUGGUUUCCAUAGUAUCAGGAAAUUAUACCAAUGAAGAAGAUGAAAAGGCUAGAGUCGAAUGCAAUUCAAAAAAGAUAACUGCAGAUUGGAGAGAUCUUGACAAGUUUGUUGCUUCUCAGCUGAGCCAUGGAGAUAAAUACGAAGGUGAAGCUGUUUCGAGCUUUGAAGCUCUUAAUGAUGAUUCAGAUUUGGGAUUGCUUCUAUUGCAAAGUGGUAGAGAAGAAGGAGAAAACUUAAAUCAACUUUUGAGUUCAACUUCAGAUUCUGAUAUUGGAAUUUGCUUGUUUAAUGACUAUAUAGGAUAA